AUGCCGAAUCCCCACCCUAUUCAAGAAUCAUCCCGAGAAGCUAGUAGUUUAUUUCUUUUCCAUCAUAUCUUUCUCCCGCCCAGGCUUCCACAAUCGAGUGACUUCAACCCCGAAAACGAUAUUCUCCUCCUCAAAGCCGUGAUCGAUGCCCUCGAUGGCUUCCGGGUUGACUUCCAUGAUGAAGAACUUGCUGCCUUAAAAACCAUACACACAAUGAUUGUCCGUCUGAAGCAAACUUGCAGUUCUGACGGCAAUUUGCUCGAAAGUGAGCUUUACAAGCAAUUUGACAGUCUGAAGAAACAGGGUGGCCUUCUCCCUAUCUAUGUGCGUGAACAGAAUGCAGGGGUACUUUUCACAACUCAUGAAGAUACGAUACAUGUGGAGUCCUUUGAACUGUCUCCUCGUAAUUCACCUGUGACAAUGACCACAGGCCGGCUGAUACGUACUUUUCCGGGCCCCGCAAUUUCAAUUGAUCAGGCGAUUUUCAAUGAUCCCGCUCUACAGAUGAUGGUCGCACAGACUCUCACCAAAAUGAGUUAUCAGGCAGCCCCAGGAACCAAAGCAAAAGUGAAAAAGGCUCAGCAAACGCAUGAUGAGGACAGAGAUACUACGGAUCCCAAAAUGGUGACGGAGUUCCUCAUGGCAAUGCUUCAUCCUCUAGGCUCUAGCCUGGACACCCUGCAACUCCAAAAGCUUACACGAGAAGAGGUUAUGUGGUGUAAUAGUCGAUCUCCGUGGCGGAGAUCCUCUCUAUGGCUUUUUAUCAGAGUGCUCAUUCAACUGGUGCUCAUGAGAUUGUCUGUGGAAGAGAACACGUUCGAUCUUUACAAACAGUUCAUCAUUUAUUUCAUGUGCUCUACCCUUCGGACUUCAUUGGAAUUCACGGGAACACCCAGCGAAGAGAUUUAUCUCAUGAAUGCAAAGAUUUCCCGUCGACUGAUGAAGCUGGAUUUGCCUAAGGAGCCGACCUGGUUCGCCUCGGCUCAGCGGACACUGAGCCAAGCGACGCAAAUAAUCAAUUUUCGAUGGAAGAACAUCAUUGAAAAGAGGCAGCCCGGUCCCGAUGAACUGCCAUUGACGACCUUGAACUUUGACGAAGACACCCAGUGCAAAUUCCCCACUCUUGACCGGUUUGUUCAGUGUAUCAGGAAUCGAAAAUCUGGCCGACCACCUGUCAUUCCCUUCCAGCCCGAACUCCAACUACUCAAAACACAGCCCUCAAUCCUUCCCACACUCUUUCACUCUGUUGAUGGUGAUUACCAUCCAUACAAUCUUGCCAUCUUUGAAAACUGGGUAGCUUUAAACCUAGAUGCCUGGAUGGACACCUACCAGCAGGAUCAAGCAACAUGCAGCCGUCUGAGUGCAUUGAUCAUGGAAUAUUCCCGUGCGGUAAAAGCAUGCAACCAAGAAAAUCCAGAAAGCUCGUCUGUCAUGCUUCUCACUAUCCUAGAGCUGUGGGUUGCUUGCGAUAAAUCUGCAGUUCUUGCACACAACAUUUUGAGAGAAUACGACCCAUGUCUGCCUGCCGAUAUAUUUCAACCACUUUUACUGCCGUUUAAAUCACAAAUGCUGAGGUUAUCUCGGGCCGAGGAAUAUCUCAGGGAGCGACAGAAAUUGGUUCAAUAUCGCGGGCCGGGCAUAUUUUCGGACUUUGGGACGUCGGACUGUUUCUCUGUUAGAUACUUCGAUCAGUCAGAGGAGCAUCGGCUUUUAUACGAAAGAAUUGAACAAAAGGCACAGCGCGACAGAAUGUGUAAGCAGCGAGAGCUUCCUCGCUCGAUCGAAGUGUUUGAACAAAAGGCUGGUCGCUUCCCCAGGAUACGUUUGCUCAGUCGCGACGCCGAAGAACGACUCUUUAAUCUGGUCCUCACAUAUAUAUGUGAUAAUGGCCUUGACUCUCUGCCGAUAUCUCGACAGCCCGUGAAAGUCAGAAAUGCCGUGCGUGCCUAUGUCCUGAAUCCGACUCCUACAGAUUAUGAAGUGGCAAUUGUUGAAGACGACGGUCCAGCCGGGAUCUGGACAGAGAGUAACAGGAGCCCUCUUCUCUUACUACGCGGGUUAUUUGCAGAGGGUGUUUUGAGCUUCUGCUUGGGCCAAAAGCGGUGGCGUGUCAACUAUGGACCAGACUCUAAUCGAACACCCCAAACCAAGCUUUGUGUGCCAUAUCGUGCGAAGGACAACCCUUCCCCGCGGUCCGAGUUCAGCCACCCAGACGUCAUUGUCAUCUUGACAUGUCUGGCCUACUACUAUGCUGGACUUGAUGAUGAAGAUAUGUUCCUUGUCUUCAACCAUCUUGUUCAAUCAGACCAAGCUUGUAUAGUGUACCAACUGUGGGUGGACGACUCACCGAUGCUUCCACGUGAGUACCAUCAAUUGCUAAGCUUGAAUCUUGAUGACCGCAAUCACUGCACAAGCCAAAUAUUUCCCGCAUUUCGAUUCUCCAAGGCCACUAUCGACUAUUUCCUGGAGAAGUUUGUUUUUCCAAGGGAGAUGAAAGAGUUUCCUAGUAAAUUAUCCGCCUCUGGGUGGGACCUUGGAAAACUCAAGCAAAUGCCAACUGUGGGUUUUAGCGGUACAAACGACUCACGCAAAACUUUACCUCUGAGCGUCAAGCAACUGGAUCUUCCAAGGCAGAAUCAUACAAACGCUCUCGUUCUUGAAUAUUUGUUACGACCGGAGAACGGUGUGGCUCUGAUAUCAUGUCAAAGCGACCCAUGCAAGACGGAUGCUCAAGAAUUGUUGGAAUUUGUCAUGAGCUUGAGUCCUCCCGCUCAAGUCAUUCUUGAUGUGGGUGCCCAGAUUUUGGAACUUAGUAAUUCUGAAGUUGCAACGCAGUGGCUUGAAAUGAUCUCAAAGGACAGUCCAGUUCAGGCUGUAGUAUUUGUUAAUGACCAAGAUGUGAUUUGCGUAAUCGACCGCAAAGGACGCGUGGAAAGCCUGCAGACCUCACCGUUCGCACGACAGUUGGAAGUGUGUUUCAUUUUUCUCGAUGAAGCGCAUACGAGGGGAAUUGACUUAAAACUUCCCAUAACCUAUCGCGCGGCAGUUACCCUCGGCCCUCGUAUUACAAAGGACAAGUUAGUUCAAGCAUGUAUGAGGAUGAGGGAGUUAGGCCGCGGUCAGUCUGUGGUCUUUUGUAUUCCUGAUGAGAUCAAUGCCAAAAUUCUAGCGUUGAGUGGCAAAGAGACCGAGCGAGAACUCGACGCUUCGGAUGUCGUCAUUUGGGCAGUCUCCGAGACUUGGGCUGACAUGCAGCGAACCAUCCCUCUUUGGGCGGUUCAAGGAUCGCGUUUUUACCGUCAAGAUGAUUUAUGGGAGCGUAAUCGACACGCUGGACUCACACCCAUAGAUUUGAACGACACUGACAAGUUUCUUGAGCCGGAAAGCCAAACUUUGGAGCGUCGAUAUCGACCUGGCUGCCAGCAGACUGGUUUGAUCGAUUCAACUUCGGUUUCCAAUUCGAACUUGCGUCUCAUAAUGGAUCGCUGCGAUGAAUUUCAAUGUGUGAACUUUUCCUCGUCGACUCUCCAAGAAGAGCAAGAACGGGAGCUCGCGCCUGAGAUUGAAUGCGAACACGAGAUUGAAAGACCUCCACAGGCUUCCCCAGCUGUACAUCGAAUCCAUCCACAUCUACGUACUUUUAUUAGAACAGGUGCUCUCGAGGCAUCGUCUGACUCUUUCAAGCCGGCCUUUCAUGUCCUGCAAAAUACGUCUGCAGCUUCCUUGCUAGGCACGGUUGAAUUUCCCACCGAUCUACUUGUGACAACGGAUUUUGCCACUACUGUAGAUUUCCCUGCAAAACCCAAAUUUGUUGCGGAUGCAUUCCAAAGACCAGUUAGAUGGAUAUUGACGGCCAAGGAAAGCGUGCAUCCUAUCAGUGGAAACACCGGGACAGUUAUGCUCAUUAUCAGUCCCUUCGAGGCCAAUAGCCUGAUGAUGGACAUACGCAAAUCGACCGUUACUACCUUGCACUCGUACAGCCCACGUCAAAAUCGGGAAUUCCCUCCAUUGGAUCAUCUGACGUUACACAUCGUCCCCAGGCAGGUUGGAAGCAUAUUCGCUUUUGAUUCCCUCCUCCAGGUUCAACUAAACCUCUUUUCCGGGCAAUUGUAUCUUGAAUCGUAUUCGCAGUACCAAUAUCUUUGUGAAUUUCUAGGUGUGGCGUCCGUGAAAACUCCAGAAGGUCUUGUUGUUGCUGCGGAUGGGUUUAUCGAGCAAGGUGGAGUGGAUGGAAAAUCCUCUUUCCGCAAAAGUCCUCUGGGGUUUCUGCAAAUCCUAAUGUCCCAAAUCAGGAAGGACUGCCAAGAUAUCGGAAAGACCCAUAUUGGCAAGAUCCUACGAGGGCAACUGCUAACUGCUUCUGAUUUCCCGGACACGGGGGCAUUGUUGGCGGGGUAA